GUAAACGAUUUCACACAUUCACGUCCCGUGUUGGCCUGUCUAUGACCGGAAGUAAACUCUUCAAAGAAAGAAAAUACAGACGUGCGUGGGAAAGGUUAGAUCCUGCUCAUCAUAUCUGACCGGUGUCAAGAUGGCGGAUGUAAAUAAAUUAGUGUUUUCUGUUUUACAAUUUUUGAAAGAACAGACUAUGACUGGAGGACUAGAUGAUGAAGCUGUAGAAAGCUUAGAAGUUGCUAUACAGUGUUUGGAGUCAUCUUUUAAAGUAGAUAUCAACGACCCAGAAACAGUAACAAAAUAUCAAGUCCAGAGAAAUCUUUUAGAUAUAUUUAAUGCACAGCUGAGUAAUGAACCUGAUUCUGAUUUCUCUAGUUUAUCCCUCCAUGAAGCAACUGAAACCGAGAAAGAUGAGGCUGAACAAUUUAAAAAUAAAGGUAACGAUUUUAUGAAAACCGAGAAAUUUUCUGAUGCCUUGGAAUGUUAUAGUAAAGCAGUUAAGUUGGAUAGUAAAAAUGCUGUAUAUUUCUGUAAUAGGGCAGCUGCUUAUAGUAAAUUAAAUAAACAUCAACAAGCAAUAGAAGACUGCAAUCGAGCUCUAACUAUAGAUUCCAAUUAUAGUAAAGCAUAUGGUAGAAUGGGAAUUGCAUAUACAGCUUUAAAUGAUCAUGAAAGUGCGAGAGAAUGUUACAGAAAGGCAUUAGAAUUAGAUCCAGAUAAUCAGAGCUAUCAAAAUAACUUAGAGAUUGCAGAACAAAAAUUGAGAGAAGCUGCCACCAGUGUAGGAUUUGGUGCUGGGCCUGGAAUGGAUCUAGCUGGAAUGUUAAAUAAUCCAGCCUUAAUGAAUAUGGCAACACAAUUCAUGUCUAAUCCACAAAUGCAGCAAAUGAUGACAAGUGUAUUGUCUGGUAGUCAAGGUGACAUGUCUAUGGCUGGUGGAUUAAACCCUCUAUUACAAGCUGGUCAACAGUUAGCCAGUCAAAUGCAGCAACAGAAUCCAGAUUUAGUAGCAGAAUUAAGACAACAAGUACAAAAUCAAGGUAGACAGGACUCGCAGCCCCCACCAGAUUCAGAAGGACAAUGACGUGAUAUAAAUUUAUAUUUAUAACUUCAUGUAGACAUAAAAUUCAAGCUCAUAAACUAAUGUCAUUAUUACCCUCGUGCAUGAUUUGAUUUUUGUUAAUACCCACAAAUUCGCGUAUAGCACAAGUCAUUGAUUUAAUUUUGUCAGUUUUCAUUACAAAUAGGAAACUGUGAUCAUUAAAAUAUCACUAAGCCUUUGUGUUGCUUUUUUUCUCAAGAUAAAGCUUCCAAGGUUUGAAACAAUUUUUGGCACUUUUUUGUUAAAAUCCUGUAUAAAAUGCCAGUGACGCUAGUAGCUAAUGAAUAUAUGUAUAAUAGUAUUUCUAUUAUUAUUGAGAUAUGUACUAUUACCCAUUAGUGAUUGGUCUAAGAUGACUUUCUGCCCAACUGCAAUUGAAUUAAAAGUAUAUGUUAUUCUUGUUACUUUUAAUCGGCUAGUCACUCUGGGUCUGUUACUACAGCAUAACAAUAACCUUCUAAAGACAGCCAAUCAAUGAAUGAAACAUCUUGAUUAAAUCAAAUCCUUUCAAAUAAUUCCACAGAAAUAUCUGUAUUACAGGUUUUGAUUAGUAGGUUGAUCUGUAUUACAGAUUUUGUAGUCUUUAAUCACAAAAUGUUUGUUACUCAGCGUGCCAUGAAAAGAAAUGUCUUUAGACCAGGAUCAAGUACAGUAAACAAUUGAUAAUUAAAGAUAGUAUCCCACAAAAGUAUUUAUCAGGUGGCUAUUUCCAAUAAAAGUAUGGCAAUUUUGGGAUAUAUGGAAAAAUACUAGAUUCCUUGAAAAAAUAAUCCUUGGAGUUCACGCAGGGCAAAAAUGAGAGAGUGUCAAUAAAUGAAAUGAAAUUGGGUUUAACGUCCUACUGUUCUGCUCCUACCUGGCUAAUUAAGACCGGCAUAUGCCAUACAGUGUGUAUGAUGGAAAUUUUGCAUGGGCAGCGGCUCUAUGGUCUACUCUUGUAUCGAAUGCCAACUGCCAAGGGAUCUUUUACAUGCACGCCAAUGUAUACACAGGUCCUCGUUUUUUUCGUUCCAUUCAAACGACCAGACAGCUGUCCUUGUCAGGCCGUCCGUUCUGCUCCACUGACAAGGGAAACCACACUGGAAAAUCCUGAUGAACUUUCUUGGCCAAUGCAGGGAUUGAACACGCGACCUCCAAGCUAGCUCGCCAGCGUCUUACUCACUUAGCCACCCUGGCUCCCAGGGUGUCACUAAUUGAUAGUCCAGUGCUCGAGUGACGUCAAAGGUUGCAUGCGUAGAUUGUCGGACGUCUUUGCGUAAGGGAGCGCUUGAUGUAUAUGUUGAUAAACUAGGUGAUGAGCAGACGUGGAAAAAGUGAGAGACUUAAAAGUACAACAGUUUCUGAGAUAAAAAACAUGGGAAAGGGGAUAAUCCGAGAAUUUACUUAGGCUUCAGUAUUUAUGGUAAAUGGACAGCGAUUAAAGACAACAUCAUCUUUUAUGUGCAAUGGAUUCUCCUCCGGCUUGGCAACCGUUGCUAGUUACUGCGACCACCAAGUCACCUAACACAAGCAUGACUUCUUUUUAUAGAUUUUUAAAGCUUGAGUUGUUUCCUCACGAGGGGGGUUGGAUGGCCGAAUGGUUAGCACGUGCGCGCUGUAUCAUAAGGCCUGUCAUUCAGUCAACUGGCGUGGUUUUGAAUCCCUGGUUGUACGUGACAAGAAUUAGGGUCACCUGUCCAACCUCGAGGGUUUUCCCCGGGUCCUCCCACUGUUAUAGACCCCUACAUGCAAGCGAAUUAUUGAAAUAAAAUUAAAACCAUAUGCUAGUCCUGAAAUGACCUAGUUUGUGUCGAGUGGACGUUAAACCCCGUUUCUCUCUCUCUCGAAUACAAUUUUUGAGAGGGAUUUGAAGUAAAUUUUUGAUAGAUUAACUAGUUUGAAUAUGUUUUUAGUCUAAAUAUAUCAUGAAAUCACCCAGUUUGUACAUUUAAAUUUAUUCAGUUCAGAGAGGCAAUUGCUACCGUUCUGAAAAAUGAGGAGGGUGUUGUCCAAAUUGUUACACAUUACAGUUUUCUGGAGCGUUGCUAUAACUAAAUCUACUAAUCUAUCCUGUAAAAUGAUAUAAACAAAUACAAUAUUAAGUUAUUAUUUAUGUUUCUAUUUAAUUUCCCCAGAAAAUGUCAACUUCUAAUCUGACAAGUUGUACCAAAGCAACAUUCCAAAUAUAUAUAUAUCAUCAAAUUGUUCAAAGGAGAUUAAUAUUGGGUGAAUUGUCAUGGUAGUUUUUUUAGAAUGUAUUUUGUUUUCUACUAUAGUUCAAAUUUUUAGGUGUUUAUAGUACUAUUACAUUUUCCCUCUAAACUGUUAUGUGUUGACCAACUAAUAGGAUGGGAAUGACACCUAGAAUAACCUACAUAUUAAAGAUUAUAUUUUGGUAAUUGUUCAAUGUGAAUUAAAAUUAAGACAAUCAUGUCAACCAUAACAGCUCCCAAAAGGUUAGGAGUGACACCUACAUGUAGUUACUAAAGAUUAUAUUUUGGAAAUUUUUCAAUGUGAAAUAUGUAUAGAAAAUCAUGUUGACCAUAACAGCUCCCAACUGGAAAAAUCUUCACUCACUCAUAGACAAAUGUAUUUGGAAUCCUGUUACAUUAGGGUUGUUUAGGGUAAAAAUAGUGUGGUACUAUGAACACUAACGAUAACUAAAGCAAGCCCUGUUUGUGUUUUUCCAGUAGGCUAUGUACAUGAUAAUACUGACUUAAGUUGUUACAUUUACAUUGUAAAGUAUAUAUUAUGUGGUACGGUCUUUUGACAGAAAAAAAAAAAAAAUAUUGUGAGCAUCAAUACUUUUGAUAGGCGUUGGAAAAAAAAAAAAAAAUA